UGAGUAUAAUUUUCUAUUCCAAGUAAUCAAUAAUAUAUAAGAAUAAAGUUUUAGCGCUAUAGUUUUGUAUUUCUUACAGGACAUGUGGCCUCUCUUGCCGCCGCAUCGAUAUCGGCCGUAAAAGCUGUUGUGAGUUCUCUGUUCUCGUAUUUGAUCGGUUUCCAAUCAUUUACAUACAUAUCCUGACCCACCAAUUUUUCGGUCAUCCCUUAAUCUUGAUAUACACACCCCGCACUGUGAUGUAUUUCUCCUGUCUUUUACCUCGAUGCAAAUCCUCCCGAUUCUCCUUAACCAGUCUGAUCACCACCAGUCUCUUUUGUCUGCGCCUCCCACAAUACCAUUAUGCCCGGCGCGUCUCCCUUCUACUAACCCCACUGCUUCGUUUUGGCUCGACUCUGCGCCCGAUGUAAACCCUCUGGCAAGAGAGGGAAGUGAAGGACCUCUCACCACUGAUGCUGACAUUUGCAUUAUCGGUUCUGGAAUUACCGGUGUCGGUACCGCAUAUCACCUAGCAGAGGCAGUUCAGUAUUUAGAAUUCGCGGGUUAUCAUGGGCCGCUCAAAAUCGUGAUACUCGAAGCGCGAGACUUUUGCUCUGGGGCCACUGGCAGAAAUGGUGGGCACCUCACUCCAGUAGCAUUCCGCAACUUCCACAACGUAGCUGCACAAUAUGGCACCGACGAAGCCAUUCGAUCUGUUGCCUUGGAAGAACACACAGCAGCAACUCUGGUAUCAAUCAUCCACGAGCAUAACCUCGAAGACGAGGUAGAUCUCGUCGAAGGUGGCAACCUGAGGCUGCUGUUCACAGAAAAAGAAGUCGCAAACGCGAAGCGUGGCUUGAGUGCUGCUGAUCAGGCAGGUGUUAGUUUCGAAGGUAUAGAAUGGAUGGAUAAGAAAGACGUGCAAGCUAGGUUUGGACCGUCAUAUCCUGCAAUCCGCAUCCCCGGACAUAAUGUCUGGCCCCUAAAGCUCGUUACAAAACUCUAUCAACUGGCUCAAGCGCGUUCAAGCCCAAAUUUCGCCCUUGCACUGCAUACCCAUACGCCAGUGACUGGAAUUUCGUGCGUAUCUGCUGCCGAUAUUACGUGUCAGUCACGUAGAUACAUUCUGGAAACCCCUCGUGGACAUAUCGCUUGUUCUCGAAUCGUUCAUGCUACAAACGGCUAUGCAUCACAUCUCCUUCCGUUUCUCACCGGCCCGAAGGGGAUCAUUCCAGUUCGUGGUCAAGUUGUUGCACUCCGUGCAGUGGCCAAUGCGAAAACCAUAGGAAAUAAUGGCUGGGGCGCAAACGAGGGAUUUGAAUACUGGUUUCCCCGCCCUGUGGCAGCUGCUACAGAGUCACCUUUGGUCAUUCUAGGUGGCGGUCGCGAGACAGCAGAAUCGUUUGAACAUUACGAGGACGACGACUCUGUGCUAGAUCCGGCUGUGGGGCGUGUUCUGCGUGAUUUUCUGCCUGCAGUGUUUCAAGGUAAAUAUAGGGCGGGCAGGGAACCUGAGAUGGAAUGGUCUGGAAUCAUGGGGUAUACGAAGAUAGGAGAUCCAUUGGUGGGCCCCGUGAUAGAUCUUUCGAACCCUGGUUCAAACGCAUACCCUGGCCAAUACAUAGCAGCAGGCUACUCGGGGCAUGGGAUGCCCCGCGCCUUUGCUUGUGGCGAAGUCAUUUCACAGAUGAUAGUGUCUGAGCUGGUUGAAAAGGAGUGGACAAGUCCAACAUGGUUGCCCGUGAGAUACCUCACAUGGAAUCGUGUUGAGACAUGACGGGCAUAUCAAGGGUGGAUCAAAAAUCAAAAACUACUUUGUAGCAUUAUAGAAUUGUAUUCUUGCAUAGCUUUGCUUAUACCUCGUUGAUAUGAUUU